AUGGAGCACACUAGAUCUCAAUUGUCCCGCAACCUAAGCAAGGAGACUGAAAUGGAUUUAUUGAAAAGGAAAUCGGCAAUCAAAAUUUCCCCCUUUUCAAAUACAUCUCAAUUUCUGCCCGCGAGAAUCAAGAAAUCUCUACCCACCCCAAUAGUUUAUACGUCAACAGGAGCUGCAACAAUGGCAGAUGAAGCAUUAACUCCACAAAAGAGAGACCCUAUCAAGUCAUCAGUUGGAAAUGUUGCGGCACAGAGAAGACGGCAGCAAGCAGUUACAGUGCGGAAGGAAAGAAGAGACGCAUUGGUCCGGACCAAGCGCUUAUGCAGAGUGGGCGUGAAUGUUGAUGAUGCGGAUGUUCCUGUUGAUGGGGAGAUGAUGAUCGAUGAAGAACAAUCCAUACUGGAGGCUCAGACUUUGAAAGCUGUAGAAGAAUUGAAGCUUGCACUUGCCUAUCAGGGAAAGGGUGCAACACAGAAAAGAGUGAGUGCUCUUCGUGAACUAAGACGUCUGUUGUCUAAAUCUGAAUUUCCUCCAGUUGAAGCUGCUCUCGAGGCUGAAGCAAUGCCUAUUCUGGUUCAGUGUCUAUCAUUUGGAUCCCCUGACGAGCAGUUGCUUGAAGCUUCUUGGUGUCUGACAAAUAUAGCAGCGGGAAAGCCUGAAGAAACAAAAGCAUUGUUGCCUGCAUUACCAUUACUUAUUGGUCAUCUAGGAGAAAAGAGUUCGCUGCCUGUUGCAGAGCAGUGUGCCUGGGCGUUAGGAAAUGUUGCUGGUGAAGAAGAGGAGCUAAGAAAUGUUCUGCUAUCCCAAGGAGCUUUACUGCCUCUGGCAAGAAUGAUCCUGCCAAACAAGGGUUCGACUGUGAGAACAGCUGCUUGGGCAUUAUCAAACCUAAUUAAGGGACCUGAUCCAAAAGCUGCAACAGAUCUAAUAAGAAUUGAUGGGGUUCUUGAUGCAAUUCUUCGGCACUUGAAGAGAGCGGAUGAAGAAUUGGCAACAGAAGUGGCAUGGAUUGUUGUAUAUCUCACCGCGCUGUCAAAUUAUGCUACCAGUGUACUUGCAAGAAGCGAUAUACUUCAAAUACUCGUAGAAAGACUGGCAUCAUCAAGUAGUUAUCAACUGCUUAUACCGGUGCUCCGAAGUUUAGGUAAUCUUGUGGCUGGUGAUUCUUAUGUGAUUAAUAAUGUUCUUGUUGCUGGAAGUGAGAUCACAGUUAAUAUAAUCCAAGCACUGGUCAAAUGUUUGGGAAGCGAACAUCGUGUUUUAAAGAAGGAAGCUUCUUGGGCGCUAUCUAAUAUUGCUGCUGGUUCUUUUGAGCACAAGCUAUUAAUACAAUCAAGUGAAGCAGUGCCGCUGCUGUUGCGCCUUUUUUCAACUGCUCCAUUUGAUGUAAGAAAGGAAGUGGCAUAUGUUAUAGGAAACCUCUGUGUUGCCCCUUCAGAAGGAUCUGGGAAGCCGAAUGUGAUUGUGGAGCACUUGGUUGCUCUCGUUGGUGGAGGAUGCCUUGCUGGUUUUGUUGAUUUAGUAAGAUCUGCAGAUAUCGAGGCUGCUCGACUCGGCCUUCAAUUCAUGGAACUGGUUCUAAGGGGAAUGCCAAAUGGCGAGGGCCCAAAGCUUGUCGAAGGAGAGGAUGGUAUUGAUGCCAUGGAAAGAUUCCAAUUCCACGAAAAUGACGAGCUAAGAAGCAUGGCUAAUGAGUUAGUUGACAAGUACUUUGUAGGCCUCAAGUUUGAGACUGGUUGGACAAGUAUCAAUGCUGCAAUUUAUUUGUCAGCAUACUGCAUAUCUAUGACCUGUUUUGAUAGAGAAUAA